AUGUCAGAAUUGAAAUCGACUACCUCAGAAGAAAUUACUUUGUCUUCGAAAGGAUAUAAAUUACAAAAAUUUUUAGGCGAAGGCGCCUACGCCAAGCUUGCGCUAGGUAUACAAUAUCUACACGAGCUGGAAAUAGCGCACCGUGACAUUAAAUGUGAGAACGUGCUCUUAACAGCCAACUACAACGUGAAAAUUUCUGAUUUUGGUUUCGCACGGUUUUGUCUUGAUGAUACGGACGGCCUUGCUCAAAGUGAGACUUACUGCGGUUCGAUGUCAUAUGCAGCCCCAGAAAUUCUGCGUGGAAAACCUUACCUGCCUAAACCGACGGAUCUAUGGUCAUUGGGAGUGGUCUUAUUUGUGAUGCUGAAUAAGUCUAUGCCAUUUGACGACACGCGAAUGCGAAAAUUGUACGAGCAGCAGAUGGGAAAAAAGUACAGAUUUAGAUCUAGAGUAGGCAGUGUUGUCUCAGCCGAGUGUAAGUCUGUAGUCAAACAUCUGUUGGAACCCGAUCCAGGACUACGCCAUUCCGCCCAACAGGUGCUCAAUUCCGAAUGGAUUGCUAUGGAUAGUAGGCUUACCACUUUGAAUGCAGUAGAAGCAUCGGCACUCAAACGAGCCAAAGAGGAACAACGACGAAACUCGCUAUCUCGGAAGCACCCAGUUGCCAAACACGGAGACAUUCUAGACAGCGUCGGCAGAAGUACUGUUUAUAAGGUGUAUCUUGCGGAAUAUAGAAACCCAUCGAAGAAUGAUAAGUUAUCAAUACUGGCUUGUAAAGUUAUUGAUACAAACACGGCACCUAAAGAUUUCGUAAAAAAGUUUCUACCUAGAGAAAUAGACAUGUUGAUAAAACUAAAUCACCCUCACCUCGUACACACUCACAGCAUAUUUCAGAGAAGAUAUAAAUAUUUCAUUUUUAUGAGAUUUAUGGAGCACGGAGAUCUUUUGGAGUAUAUUCUCCAGAAAGGUGCGGUGCAGGAAGACCAAGCCCGAAUUUGGGCGCGACAGCUUGCUUUGGCCGUACAGUACAUGCACGAACUUGAAAUAGCUCACCGAGAUAUAAAAUGUGAAAAUGUUCUACUGACUGCUAAUCAAAACGCCAAAUUAUCUGACUUUGGUUUUGCUCGUUCAUGUGUUGAUAAGUCACUUAAAGAUAUUCGUAGUGAAACGUUUUGUGGCUCGCUGUCCUACACUGCUCCGGAGAUAUUGCAAGGCUCGCCGUACUAUCCCAAGCCAACAGACGUGUGGUCGCUGGGAAUCGUCGUCUAUGUAAUGCUAAACAGGGCUAUGCCGUUUGAAGAUAAGCAUAUUAAACAGUUAUUUCAAGCUCAAAUAAAUAGAAAUUGGAAAUUCCGCUCGCGAUAUAUAGAUUCCCUUUCAGAAAACUGUAAACGUUUGGUGACCCUAAUGUUAGAACCAAAUUGUCAGCAUCGAAUCAAAAUUGAACACAUUAUCAACAAAUGGACACCCCAGGAAACGUUAGCAUUCAAGAAGGCACGAGAAGAGAAACUGCAGUUGCAGAAAAAUCUAGAGGCUCAAGAAGUGAAAGAAGUACAUCAUGCUACUUUGCCUGAUGCCUCGGUAUUGAAGGCAACUGUGGAUGUAAACGGUUCUUCGACGUCCUGGUAA